AUGCUGCUGCUGGGGGAGGGCGAAAUCAGCCUCGACGAGCGGGACGAGGGUUACCGGACACCACUAAUGGCGGGGGCAAAAGGAGGGCACGACGAGGUGGUCAAGAUUUUACUUGAUGGUGAUGCAGAUAUCGAAGCAGUUGAUAAAGAUGGCUGGAGGCCAAUAAUGUAUGCUGCAUGGCAAGGGCGCAUAAAUACGGUCAAAAUUCUACUGAAAAGUGGAGCCAACGUAGAGGCGAAGGAUAGAAAUGGUCAGACAGCGAUAAUGCAUAGCGCGCUGGGGGGGCACAUGGCAGUAGUUGAACUACUACUAGACGGAGAAAACAUGGAGGCAGUAGACUCCAAGGGACGCACGCCACUGAUAUUUGCUGCGCAGGGAGGUGAUUUAAAUACGGUCGAGCUACUCUUAAGUCGGGGAGCGAGUAUAGAAGUAACCGACGAUGCCGGCUACACGCCAGUAGCCCACGCCGCGGAGAACAAGCAUGGAAGUGUACUUCAACUAUUGGUGGGACAUGGCGCGGACCUUACCCUAACUCUUCGCAAUCACUUAAGCCAAGUCAUAUCGAUUGCAGCAAUGGGGAAUUACACGGCUCUCGAUUCAAUAUUAGAGAAAGGCGUCGAUUUAGACCAAAGAGAUAAAUAUGGCUCGACGGCACUACUUUACGCCUUAAUGGGGGGUCACAAAAGGCUCUUUCAGAGUUUGUUAUUGAAGGGAGCGAAUAUCGAAGUAGUUGGACCCGAUGGAGGUACUCCACUACAUUAUGUUGCAAGAGGGUAUGGAGACAGCUCAAUUUUCUCGCUACUGUUGCAGGGAGGUGCAAAUGUAGACGCGGUUGAUAGUAGUGGUUGGACGCCACUCUUCUUGGUCGUCGAUAGGCUUGGGUGGGGUUCAGAUAGGAGCAUGGUCGAAGCUCUCUUAAACAAUGGUGCAAAUGCAAAGGCGAGGCUUAUACGGGGGAAGUUACACUCAUUAAUGUACGCAGCUAUAGAUCGAGGAGCAUUGUGGUUGAUAAGCCUACUGCUAGAUAAAGGUGCGGAUAUAGAGGAGAAGGGAGCACUAGGCCUGACACCAUUGCUGUACGCCCUGCGAGGAAAAAGACCAAACUUUGCCGAGAUUGUUCAGCUGCUGCUUGAUAGAGGCGCGAAACGAGAGGUAUGA